AUGCUAAGGGGUCUGGGGGCUGAGGAGUGGAAUGGAGAUGGACCAGGUGGAGAAGCGCAAGAUGAAGAAGUGCGAGACGAAGAAGCGCAAGACGAAGAAGCGCAUGACGAAGAAGCGCAGAACGAAGAACCGCCAGACGAAGAGCCAUCCCAGCCUGCUGCCCAAGACGAAGAAAACGAAGACGAAGAACCACCCUAUCCCGGCAGCCAAGGAAACGAAGACUCCCUCUCCCUCCCCUCAAACCCCUACCCCGAAGACGACUUCCUCCUGCCCCUAACCCGGCAACCCGCGCGAACCACACCUCCCCCGCCCUUCCCCUCCCCUCCCAACCUAAUCAUACACCCAAACUCCUCACCGGGACUAUCGAUUCCAUCACCGGCACUAUCGAUACCAUCGAACCCCUACCCAGAAGACGCACCGCCCUCACCAACCUCCUUCUCCCAGCCCCCUCCACCACCACCACCACCUCGACCCACACAAUCCCCAUCCCCAUACUACCGCGCCGUAACACCGCCUACACCACACGCUCGCUUCCCGAUUUAUCCGAGUGAUAGAACGAUAAGUCCUAUUAGUCCGUUUAAUGCGAGUAGGCAUUUGAUUUCUGCGGAGGGGACGGCGUCGAGCCUGAGUUAUCGGAUUGAGCAACGACAAGAAAGGAACGAUGGAUACAACAAUGAUGAUGAUGGUGUAGAAGGGGGGUAUACGUAUGCGCCUAAUCAUCCCUAUCACGGUAUGGACGAAGAAGGGAUGAGGGAGUAUUGGCUUGGGCUUGAGGGGUAUCAUACGGAGAGUGAGCGCAAUUUGAGGAGGAGGGGUGAAGGGAGGGGCAGGAGACGGACGGUGUCUUCGCCUGUGCAGUAUGAUCCUGAGAGGGUGUUUGGGUCUGUGGGGGAGAGUUAUGAGGGUGGUGGAGGUGAGGGCGGAGAACGGGAGGAUGAGGUUCGGCGGCGGUAUUUGGACGCUUUGAGUGGUGAAGAGAGAAGGAUGGCAGAGGGAGAGGACGAGGAGGAGUUCGGUAUGAGGACUUCCGCUGGAGAAACCGACGCGAGGAGUAAGAACAUGAUGAACCGGCUCCUAAGCACCUUUACCUGUCGACCCGGAACCGUCACACCACUACACACCACCACCACCCCCAAUCCAACCAACACAAACGCACCCACCACCCCCGCCAUACCCACAGCCCCAAAGAAAUACAGCCUAGCCUACCUCUCCCACAAAAUAAACCGAACCCAAAAAAGAGAAGAAGAAGCAAAACUCCGAGAACGCCUCAUGGCCCUCCGACUUGCCGAACCAUCUGCGCCGCGUACCCAACACAUCGAAGACAUCAACAACAACAACAACAACAACAACAACAACAACCCCACAGAAGUCCCCGUACUGGUCCCCAAACCCAAAGCAAAGAGGAGAAAAGACAGCACGCAACCCAAUCCACCUUCUCUUGUCCCAAACCUAGAAAGCCGGACGCAGAGUGUUAUUGGUCCGCCAGUUGGGCUUUCGCAGAUGAUUCAGAGGGCGCCGGGGAGUGUUAGGGUGAUGACUCCUUUGCCUGUUUCUGUAUCUUCGGAGACAGGGUCUUCAGGUGGAGAGAGAGGGGAAGAGGUUCAGCGUGGGCCUAGACAAGAGCACUCAGGUUCAAGUCUCAGCGACCGGUUACGGCAAACGCAACUUGAAGAUUUACCUCUGCAACAGGAUGCAGCAAAGGAGAUACGGGAUCUGAUGAUGGCGGUUGAACGGGAUCAAGGGGAGGUGGCUAGCACGCCUGCGAAGCAUGGAUAUACAGCACCCCACAAUGCCAACACGAACGCACCAGCUAUCCAACGAGCAGAUGAAUUACCCGCUGGAUUCUCGACCUCAUCACCCCAGGCCAGUGUUUCCCCCCACGAAACUCUUACACGACACUUCCGUACUCAACGCCAAGUUAAUGAGCGUGGUACUCGGCGGAUUCGCACGAUAACUUCGCACUCGAGUAAUCUGACGCUGCCGAGGAGUUAUCGGGUACCGGAGGGACAUGGUGGUGGGAGGGGUGUGCUGCGGGUUACUAACGUGGUUGUGCAGGGAGAGGGAUUGGAGGGAAGUAACGAGGUUGGGGUUGGGGUUGAUGGUGGUGAGGAUGGUAAGGGUGGUGGUAGUGCGAAUAAUGUUGUUGUGAAUCAGCAAGAUGGCACUGAGGAGUUAGCGGCGGGUGGAGAAGAGCAGAAGGGUGAAUCUCUACUCCGAUAUAAUAGUGACGAGGAAGGUGGGAGAGAUGUGACAGAGGCUGGAUGA